AGUUUGAGCAGAAGGACUCAUCAUGAAGUGGCUCCUGCUUCUGAGCUUGGUGGCGCUGUCCCAAUGUCUGGUGACAAAGGUCCCCCUGAAGAAAGGGAAAACCAUGAGGCAGAACCUUAAGGAGCAUGGCAAGCUUCAAGAUUAUCUGAAGAAGCAUCCACGCAACCUGGCCUCCAAGUACUUUCCCAACAUCAUCAGUGAGGAUGCCACCGAGCCCAUGACAAACAACAUGGACAUUGAGUACUAUGGGACCAUCUCCAUCGGCACCCCACCCCAGCAGUUCUCCGUCCUCUUUGACACUGGCUCCUCCAACCUGUGGGUUCCCUCUGUGUACUGCUCCAGUCCGGCCUGCAGCAACCACAACCAAUUCAACCCACAGAAUUCCUCCACCUACCAGGCCACCAGUGAGAGUGUCUCCAUCCAAUAUGGUACUGGCAGCAUGACCGGCUUCCUGGCCUACGAUACGGUUGAGGUCGGAGGCAUUCAGGUGGUCAACCAGAUCUUUGGCUUGAGUGAGACUGAGCCUGGCACCUUCCUUGAAUAUUCACCCUUCGAUGGGAUCCUGGGUCUGGCCUUCCCCAGCAUUUCUUCCUCUGGAGCCACCCCCGUCUUUGACAACAUGAUGAGCCAAAACUUGGUGUCCCAGGACCUCUUCUCCGUCUACCUGAGCUCUAAUGACGAGGAAGGGAGCUUUGUCAUGUUCGGAGGCAUUGACCAAUCUUACUACUCUGGGAGCCUGAACUGGAUUCCUCUGUCUGCUGAAACCUAUUGGCAAAUCACUGUGGACAGCAUCACCAUGGGCGGCCAGGCCGUCGCUUGUACCUCUGGCUGCCAGGCUAUUAUUGACACUGGCACCUCUCUGCUGGCUGGGCCCCCUAGUGCCAUUUCUAACAUCCAGAGUGCCAUCGGUGCCACCCAGGACUCCAAUGGCCAGUACAUCAUUAGCUGCAGUGCCGCUGACAGCCUGCCCAGCAUCAUCUUCACCAUCAAUGGCAUUGAGUUCUCUGUGCCUGCCAGUGCCUACAUCAUGGAGUCACAAGGCACUUGCACACCUGGCCUUGAAGGUAUUGACAUCCCCACCAAUUCUGGAGAGCUCUGGAUCCUUGGUGAUGUCUUCAUCCGCCUGUACUAUGCUGUCUUCGACAGAGCUAACAACCAGAUAGGCCUGGCUACCAUGGCAUGAGUGCACAAUGCUGCCCUUUGGAAAAGUGCCGGAUCAUUGACCCUGGACAGUCUCCAUAUCUCUGGAGCCCCAACACAGUUUAUCAAUCAGGCAAUCCCAAACUUAAUUUCUUGUUUGAUUGUUGCAGUCUUCUC